GGUCCUUCAGAAAAAGCCCAUUUUAGGCUGGCAAAACACACACACAAACACACACACACAUGGCCCGCUCUGCUUAAGAACUCGCUCCAACUGUGGGCUCUAAACGGACCAGGCAUUGAUGAUCCCAUCGGACGUCGGUCCAGGCCACACAGUCCGACACUUUUGAGACAUUUGAUGGAGGGGCGUGUCUCGACGAUAGCGAGUCGUUUCCAAGGGACUCGCGGCUCGACUCGUCGACAUUCUCCUUCCACGCCAGUUCUGCUUCCGCCGUCCGGCCGGUUCGAUUCUGCACCGCGACGCUCCUUGCCAACACGCGACUUGGACCCCAGACACCCGUUCCGAGUCGUACUCGGAAAGAGGUACAAAAGCCGCGGUUUUUUAUUGCAUCUCCUUUCCCCACCAAUCCGUCCUUUUGGCACGAUGAAACCGCGACUCGAGACAACCCUACACAGUUUAGGCCAUCUUCAGACCGGCUCAAAUCGAGAUGACGUUACCUGCGACGUGGUCACACUCUCUUUUACUCCUCUCCGCCAUGGGCGGUCCAUCUCCAAACCGCCCUUCUGUCUCAUCCAUCCGCACACACAGAGCGAAUGA